AAUGACUUCCUCACUCACUGACAGCGAGUUACUGUCAUUUUAUGUCAUCGGCUUAAACUUAAAUUUCAAAUAAAAUUUUAUAAGAAACUGUUGUUAUUUGUCUUUUGUAUUUUCUAUUCUUUUCAUUUUUUUUGUUGUCAUUCUUAAUUUCUUAUAAAAAAAAAAUAGAAAAAUAAUAAGGACGGGAAUUAUGUUCCUAAAUCAAGUAAUAUUAGUCUGUUAUUGUCUUAUAGUACAUUCUAAGUAUGCACUAUUGAAAUGUGAUUGAUGUAAUAAUUAUUCAGUAAGGUGUUUAUAUAGUGAUGGCUACAGAAUUAUUGAGUCCGCGAGUCAGCAAUUGUGUAAUAAGCAAUCUGCAAGAGAUGGAGAGCAGCGCCGAGAAUAUGGCGAUUGACAUUGCAGCGGACUCUGCCGCCGCGCUGCACGAGCGCCUCGUCGCCUACGUGCACGCCGUCGCCGGAGGCUCAGAGAGCCGCUCCGAGGUGUGGGUGGAGCACUCGUACGCGCGCGCCCGCGACGGCCGCGCUGCGGGCGCCGCGCGCGAGCUGCUGGCGCCGCGCCCGCCGCCCGCCUGCGACACCGUCGACGUCGAGCGCCUCGACCCGCCGCCGCCCGAGCCCAUCGAGCCCGAGCCGCCCGCGCCCGCCUCCGACGACGACGACGACGGCGACUGGGAGGCGCGCGUGGCGGCGCUGGCGCCGACGGCCGCGCACGAGCGGCUCGCGGCCGCCGUCGCCGCCGGCCUGCGCCGCCUGCGCCUCGCGCGCCUCGCCGGCUGCGCCGCGCCAGCGCUGCGUGCCGAGGCGCGGCGGCUGCGGCUCGCGCUGGCGCCGCUGUGGGCGGCGGCCGGCCCGGUGCAGCAGCGGCCCGCCGCCUGGCUGCACGCCGCGCUGCUGGCCUACCUGCCGCGCGGUCCCCGCCGCGACUACGACGAGCUGGUGGCGCGGCUGCGACGCGCCGUGCCGCGCCUGGCCGGGCGCCUGCUGGGCACGCGCGCGCCGCCGCCCGCGCCCGACCCGCUGGCCGCCGUCGGGCCGCCGGUGAGCAGCGAGGCGGGCCCGCUGCUGGUGUGGCUGGGCGGCGGCCGCUGGGCGCGGCGGCUGCGGGCGCUGCUGCCGACGCGCGAGCUGGCGGCGCCGGCGGCGGGGGGCUGCCCGCAGCGCUGGUGCGCCGCCACGGCCGCCGCUCUACGUGCCUCGCUCCUCGACGCCGUGGCCGAGGCGGGAGAGCGGCCGGUGGUGGUGGGUGGUGCGGGGGCGGGCGCGGCACUGGUGGCGGCCCUGGCGGGGUCGGCCCGCGUGCGGGGCGCGCUGCUGUUGGCGCCGCCGCUGCUCACGGCCGACGGCGGUGACGAUACGCUGCGGGAACUGCGAGUGCCCGCGCUACUAGUGGUGGGCAGCGGCGCGGCGCAGAGCUGGCGCGGCGCGGCGCGCGAGGCGGCGGCGGCGGCGGCGGCGGCGGCGGCGCGGCGCGUGCUGCUGGUGGCGGCGGCCGACGACGCGCUGCGCCUGCCCGCCGCGCACUGCCGCCGCCUGCGCCUGCCGCAGCACGCGCUCGACGCCGCCAUCGCCGAUGAGUGUGCGCGCUGGGUGAAUGAAAUAGCUGAGGAGGACGCUACGCAGCAGGACAAAUCAGGACUCCAUAUUGGUGUGGAGGCCGCGUCGCCGGAGCGGCCGGAGAAGGCCGAGCGCGAGCGGACCGCCGGUGGCAACCGUUCGAUCGAGAUUGUUGCAGAGGGCCGCGUGGUGACGCGCGUGGCGGGCGGCACGCCGCUGGCGCUGCUGCCGCCGCGGCGGCCGGCGGGGGUGGCGGCGGCGGGGGCGGGGACGCUGCCGCUGGCCGCCGCCGACAUCAUGCAGCUGCCGAUCGUGUUCGCGGACGACGAGCGCGUGGCGGCGGCGGCGGCGGCGGCGGCGGCGGCGGAGGCGGAGGCGGCGGAGGCGGGCGGCGUGCGGGCGCGGUUCACGCGCGUGGUGCUGGCCAAGCGCGGCCGCCGCGCGCGACAGCUGCUGCUGCAGCGGCCGCACUGACCGCGCGCCGUCACUCUUGUGUCAGUCAAUCUCGUGCUGCCUUGUGACGACCAAUACUACGUUUAUUUGAAGUGAACUCAGUUCUGACGUGACUAUUACGUAAUGUUAAGCCCAAUGGACACGUUUGUUCUUAAUAAAGAAUAUGUAUAUAACAUGUU